CAGCGCCAGCCGCAUUUCUUGCUCACCUGGACCAGUUCUACAUUGGCGCCAAGGCACCAUGGGAUGGCGUGCCCCCUUGCAACGCUGACGCAGGCCUCGUCUUCAAGUUUUUAUUUGGCACAGGCGAGCAGGUCUUGACGUAUCUUGAUGCCGAAUACGCUGAGCGCAACUCUUCCUCCCUAUCUUACAGCUCUGUGCCCUGAUCUCGGCAUUAUCAGCGUGUUUCCUCGCACGGGGUGGCUCAGCUUUGUCGUCUUUGUUCUCGUGUAUGGCCAGUUCAUGGCACGCAGCGAUAACGGCAAAUUGGCUAUUGGUAUCAAUGCUACGCUGGCUGUUAUAUUUGCGCUCAUGUUUGUCUGUACACGCAUCUCCCAGUUCGGUAACUUAUCAACCGACUGCCUGCGGACGCCAGCGCAAAGCCAGCGUGCAGCCAGCGCCAACCGAUUUCUCUCCAGCGUUCAAAGCUUCUUGUACACCGUCAAGUACCCCACCUUCGCCGGCUUACGCCUUCACAAUGUCAGCCACAUUUGCCCUGCUCGUCCUCAUGCAGCCGAUCGCGGCUCUCAAUAGCCCCAAGUUUAUCGCCAGAACCAGAUAAGUGCUCUCGUCUUUGGGACGAAUACGCUGUUCUUUUAUGGCUUACAUUUUCCGCUGCUCAAAUUCGUCGGUGCUAUCGUGCUGAGCUCACCGUUGGCAAGGCCUCUCCCAGACCUGGACGGCGCUCCUAGCUUGCAGCUGGGCAUCGGCUUUUGGGCGAUCUGGAGUGCCACCACGGCUGCCUGCUUCUAUCUUUGCAAAGCUUUCGCUACUUUCAAAGCAUCUAGAAAUCCAAACUCUCUUUUGAGGGUUUUCUAGAUGCUAGAAC